UAUAUGGAAUAAAUACUUAGCAGCUCUCUGUAUACGAGUUUGUCACAUUGUAAUACUAAAAGAUAAAACGAUGAUUUCCCCCCAGUUCGCUGAUUUUAGGUGGGAGUGAGCGCUCAUGUCACACAAGAGUUAAGCCUCAAGCCAGGCGAAGAUGGCAGGGUUGUUGUUUAAGACCUCGUCGUGUAGUCGAACAUUUUCAGCUAUAUGUGUGCGACCUCACUCGUCUCUUACGUCUGAACUGAUUGCAAACAUGGACAAAAAAGCCACCUGGGAUCGCUUCUAUGCUGACAGCAGCAGCAGAACAAAGAAGUUCAAGAACUUUGAGUGGUUCUUCGGCUUUGACGCAGUCCGGAACCUCAUCAUGCCUUUACUACAGACCCAGUCCAGCACCGAGGCCUUUUUGCAAGUCCUGGAUAUGGGCUGUGGCACCUCCUCGUUGGGAUCCUCCAUUUACCAGCACUGUCCCGUUCCAGUGCGGGUCACGUGUGCUGAUAUUUCCCCCGUCGCUGUGCGGCUCAUGCAGGAGCAUGUGCUGGCUGAAGAUGUCCAGUCUAGGAACUCCUCUUCACAGUUGGACUUUGUGGAGCUGGACUGCACACAGCUGCACCAACAUUUUGGUUCCCGCACUGUGGACCUCAUAGUAGACAAGGGCACCACGGAUGCCCUACUGAGGUCAAAAGAGGGGCCAGGGAAGGCCGGCCUGGUGCUGAAGCAGUGUUUAGAGGUGCUGCGCCACUCAGGGUCUCUGCUCCAGUUCUCUGAUGAGGACCCGGACGCUAGGCUGCUGUGGCUGGAGACGGAAGCACGGGAGAUAGCGGCAGAGGUUUGUGUGCAGGAAGUAGGGGAGAAGAGGGGAGUGUGUUACUACUGCUACCAAGUGACCCCUCGCCUGAAUGUGCAGCAAUGACUUUGGACAAUGGAAAUAUUUCAUAUAAAGAACAUAGUUUGUCUAUUUUGGAACGUCAGUUUCUGUGGGAGAGUCACAAAAGGCUUAGCACCAUUUCAAUUCCCUGUACCCUACGUCGCCGCCCCAAACACACACACUUGGUAUGCUUACAUGCACCAAUAUUAAAAAAGCACAUCCUAAUUAUGUUUUUGACUUUUUAAAAAUGGGAUUAAUAACUUUAACUAACCCCCCCAAUCUAGUUUAUUUUAUUUAUUUUUUUACCCCCCACAAAAAAGUUCCAACAAAUUCAAUAUAAAGUGCCCAGAAUAUAAAUUCCUGUCAUUAUUCACUUAAAUAUAAUUAGAAAAUAUGUCAAGUUUACUUAAGUGUAUAAAGUAAACAUUGUUUGAUUCACGGAAAAUUAUCAUUGUUGGGUAAUACGAAUCAUAAUAAGACAUUAUUAUCCAUCCAUCCAUUUUCUACCGCUUGUCGCGGGGGGUCCUGGAGCCUAUCUCAGCUGCAU